UCUAGCAGCAGAGCCGCGACAGCUGAGCGCAGCAGUGACAGCGCAGACUCCCCUGCUGUCUGUCUGUCUGCUCCAACUUACUCCCAUAACACCAUGUCUUUCCUCCUAGCCAAGAAAAAGAAGUUCAAAUUUAAGAUAGAUUUUGACUUGGAGGACUUGUCGUCAGUUCCCUUCGUGAACGGAGUUUUAUUUUGUAAAGUAAGACUCUUGGAUGGAGGCUUUGCCACGGAGUCGUCUCGGGAGCCUGUCCAAGCCCACUGUGUUCGUUGGAAGAAGAGAUUUUCUUUCGCGUGUAAGAUGAGUGCCAAUGCUGGGACAGGUGUGCUAGACCCCUGUGUGUGCAGAGUGUCUGUCCGCAAGGAACUAAAGGGUGGAAAAACUUUUUCAAAGCUUGGCUUUGCUGACUUGAACCUGUCAGAGUUUGCUGGAUCUGGCAGCACUGUACGACGUUGUCUCCUAGAGGGAUAUGACACGAAAAACACACGACAAGACAACUCAAUUCUCAAGGUUGUUAUCACUACACAACUCAUGUCUGGGGACCCUUGCUUUAAAAGGCCACCAUCUACAGCCACAACUGUGGGUAUCCCACAAGCUGAGGCAUGUCUCCGUGAGGACAGAAAAGGAGGCCACAUGUACACACCUCACUCUGUCUCUGAGAUUCCAAGAAAGUCAGUAUCGGUCCCAGAGGAGUUGGUAGCAUAUGGUCACUCCAGAACAUCCAGCUAUGCAAGUCAGUUUUCACAAAUUUCAGGUUAUGGUUCAAAUCAGUCAAGUUCAACAGAUCUGUGUCACAGACGUAGCAGCUCGGGAGGCUCCACCUCAACCGGCAUUGGUAGCAUUGAUCCCAGUGAUCCGCCGGGUGAGAAGGAGAGCAGGCCCACUCCGCCAAUUUCUGCAACCUGCCAUGAUUCAUGCGAGUCCCCCUCCAAUCCCACAAAAUUUGUAAGACACCCUGUAAAGCAGAAUUCAGUGGAGAAUCAGCUGAAAAGAGUUGAUGCCACCAGGGUGGACGCAGGUGAUGUAAUAGAUAAAAUCCUGCAGGGUCAGGAUUUCAGCCGUAAUUUCUUGGACUCCAGUGCUGAGGAAGAGGGGCUCAGCUUGUUUGUUGGUCCUGGUGGAAGUACAGCCUUGGGAAGCAACAACACGAGGGUUGUGACUGGAGCCUUUGAGCAGGUGGUGAUCAAGCGGUAGGCUUUAGGAAGCAUGUGUCUUACACAAGAGAGGCUCUAUUUCUCUGGUGCAAGGCUACACGACUAGGCUGUGGAUGUGCCAUCAGAACCCAUUCCCAUCUGACUCCAGGAGAUGUUUUUCCUCACGUACAAUGUAUCCCUGUGUGACCUACACCUUUGGUUGUCCAUGACAACUCCCUAGUGUUCAAUAAGGGGAACUGAAGGCCACAUUAUUGAAACAUUUUGUAGACUGAGGUAACUGGUUCACAGGCAUCUCUUUUUGAACUAUGUAAGGAUACUGGCCUCCUAAUGUAUCCAUUUUGCUCUUCUCUUUUUACUGACAUAAAAAUAACACAAGAACUAUGUGCUAGUUCGCCAGGAAGAGGAACUGCUUCCUCGUCCUCCUCUUCCUCAGGGUCAGAGAGAUGUAGCGCUUUGACCUCCAACCACUGGGAACACUGUCAGAAUAGCCACCUGAAGCAUCUCGGUGCAUUGUGGAAUGCAUUCCAUUGUGCUGUUUCUAAUUUUUCUUUUUUUCAAGGUUUUUAAAUUCAGUGUAAACAUGUAUUUGAGGUGAGUCGAUUGGUAUGAACUACUGUGAUGGUUUGACCUAUGGGAACAGACCCUGAGGAGCUUGAAGUACAGGAGAAACGUUCGCUGGUGCUUUCCUCCACUGAACUCAAAGUACUGUCUGUAAUGCAUGUCUGUCCAUCCACUCCAGUACAACAUACGUUUUGAUUCUGUGACUAAUAAGAAGCGGAUUGGGAUGAUUAUUGUAACUGACAGAAAAUUCUAAGAUGUUUAAGAUGUUUGUUGAAAAAUGUUUUAAAGGCAUGCGUUUUUUUUUUUUGUUUUUGUUUUUUUUCUUCAAAAUUUGAAAUAAGUGGAACUCUAUGGAGGAGAAGGAGAAUCUCAGACAACUAGUUCUCCCCUUUUUAUGGGUGGCUCAUCCUAUAACAAAUGAACCCUUCAACCUGGCUGAGAAGGGGGACGGCAGCAUUUUAAAACAACACAAAAUUAUUUUUGUAUUGAAAGGCAUGAAUGUAUUUUUAGUUACUAUCCUUUUAAAUGUGUCAAUGUUUAAUGUUAACUGAGUAAAAAGUAUAUCUGCUUUAUAAAAAUAUAUAUGAAAUGAUAUAUUACAAAUAAAAAUGAUAUUAAAUAUA